AUGGGGGCAGUAUUGACAAGAAAAAAGAAGCAAGAUGCCGACUACCCGGAACCCACCGGUUCAUGGCCAAUAGUCGGACGCCUCGGCCUGCUGACCGGAACCACACUUCUCUAUAGAACUCUUGCUGCUCUUUCAGAAAAGCACGGGCCUCUCUUCAGUCUCCAACUGGGACAGAGGUGUGUCAUUGUGGUGGGCAGCAUGGCCCUUGCCAAGGAGUGCUUCACUGUCAAUGACCGAGCCUUCGCCGGUCGGCCGCCGCUAGAAGGUUGGAAACGCCUUGGCUAUAAUCGUGCCAUGUUCGCAUUCAGCCCAUAUGGACCUUACUUUCGUGAACUCCGCAAGAUCGUCGCCAUCAAGCUGCUGUCAAGCCAGCAACUCGAGCUGCUCAAGCACAUCCGGGUCGACGAGGUGGGCUCCUUUGUGCGGCGCCUGUACGGCAGUUGCAGCAACCAUGAGAUGGUCGCCAGAAAACGGUACGAUUUAGACCGUGGAGGAAAAGAGUUUAGUGAAGCUUUGGAGGAGUUUGUCAAUCUACUUGGUACCUUCACCGUCUCUGAUGCGAUCCCAUUGCUGGGGUGGCUAGAUGUUUUGGUAGUCGCUGGGACAGAGGCCACAGCAAUCACACUUGAGUGGGCUCUCUCUCUCUUGCUAAACAACCCACAUAUCUUAAAGAAAGCCCAAGAUGAGUUGGACUACCAUGUGGGCAAAGACCGACAAGUGGACGAAUCAGACAUCAACAACUUGCCUUACUUGCAGGCCAUAGUCAAAGAGUCAAUGCGCCUAUACCCAGCGACACCACUUUUGCUUCCACAUGAGUCAAUGGAACCCAUUCAACUUGGUGGGUUCGAUGUGCCGGUUGGCUCAACACUGUUUGUUAACGCGUGGAAGAUUCAUCGUGACCCGACAUUGUGGACGGACCCAGAAGAGUUCAAGCCAGAAAGGUUCUUGAGCAGCAGCAAUGAGAUGACCAGCUUUGGUGGUCAGGACUUUGCGUUCUUGCCAUUUGGGUCGGGAAGGAGGUUCUGUGUUGGAUGGCGGAUGGCCAUGCAAGUUCUUCACUUAACUUUGGCACGCUUGUUGCAGGGCUUUGAAUGGUUUACGCCUAUGGAUGAGCCAGUUGACAUGACCGAGGGACAUGGCCUAGCCCUGCCCAAAGCAACUCCACUUAGAGUCCUUUUGAGGCCACGUCUUCCUCCCCACCUUUCUUAG